AUGAAAGGAAGCUCAAGCAAUGGAAGAACAGUACCCCCAACGCAGUUGCAGAAGCCCAAUUUUGAUGAUUUUAAUCAGAAACUCGACAAACAAAGGAAGAGAGUGCCAUUUCAGAGAAAUUUCCUUAUGGAUAGAAAAUCUGAAGAUAGAGGUUUAGUAGCCAAAAACAAUAGGGUUUUUCAUGCAACGGGGUCUUCAACAGUUGGCGGUUCAGGUCUUGCAAUACGUUAUACAAAUGUGAUUCACUUGGCUGAAAAAUACUUGGAUUCAGCAGCAUUAGUAGAUCAUGAAGAACAUGAAUCCUUAUACCAAAUGCUGCAGAGGAAGAUGAGUUGUUGGUUGUCGGGUGGAGAGAUGCAAUGGCGACGAUUUUGCAAUGGCUUGCACCUACGGCGAACGACACAAUGA